GUGAUCACCACCACGGUCCACCACCACCACCUUCACCACCUACUGGCCGACGACGACACAACGUCAGACGACCUCCAUCGUCGGCAUCCGCGACACCCCAUCGCCUCCCCUCCGAUAUACACUCCUUGUCUGACGGGGAGCGAAUCCUCGACCUCAAGCCGCUACCCCGCGCUCUGUCAUCGACCAGAACAGCCCCCCUCCCAUAUCGUUGCGAGUUUGCCCUCUCGCGCCAACCUACGAAUACGCCUCCUGUAUAACGCGCCGCUGAUAGACACCAUGGGCGCGUUAUUGUCGCUCCCUCUGCUGGCUGUGCCCAGCAUGGGUACGCUCCUGUCCUUUGCCGCCAGCUGCUGCGGCGCUGCGACUUGCUCCAUGGUCUGCAGUGCCUGCGGCAAGUGCGGCAACAGCGUCGCCACUCGUAUCGCAUAUGCCCUGCUCCUGCUAGUCAACUCCAUUCUUGCAUGGAUCAUGCUCACGCCCUGGGCUAUUGAGAAACUGCAGCAUCUCACCCUCGACUAUGUCAAAAUCAACUGCCCGAAUGGCCAAUGCUAUGGCUGGCUGGCCGUCCACAGAAUCAACUUUGCUCUUGGUCUCUUUCACCUGGUCCUGGCCGGCUUGCUGUUUGGCGUCACCUCCUCCAAAAGCCCUCGUGCAGCCAUUCAGAACGGAUAUUGGGGCCCCAAAAUGAUUGCCUGGCUGGUAUUGAUCGUCAUGGCCUUUCUGAUCCCCGACCGCUUCUUCAUGGUUUACGGCAACUACGUUUCCUUCAUUUGCGCCAUGUUGUUUCUCAUCCUCGGCCUCAUUCUCCUCGUUGAUCUCGCCCAUACCUGGGCUGAGUAUUGCCUUGCUCAGAUUGAGGACACCGACUCCAGGCUCUGGCGCUUCAUUCUCAUCGGCUCAACCCUGUCCAUGUAUCUGGCCUCAUUUGCAAUGACGGCUGUGCAGUAUGCUUUCUUCGCGGUCGGCGACUGCGCCAUGAACCAGGCCGUCAUCACCAUCAACCUCAUCCUCUGGCUGGCCAUCUCUUUCAUAUCCGUCAAUCCCACCGUUCAAGAGUAUAAUCCUCGCGCAGGUCUCGCGCAGGCAGCAAUGGUCGCCGUCUAUUGCACAUAUCUCACAAUGUCCGCUGUCUCAACCGAACCGGACGAUAAGCAAUGCAAUCCACUCCUCCGAGCCCAAGGCACCAGAACCACGUCGGUCGUCAUCGGCGCCAUUGUUACCAUGCUCACCGUUGCCUACACUACGACCCGCGCUGCCACGCAGAGCCUAGGACUUGGUGGCUCAUCCCACGGUAUUCGACUUCCGGACGAGGACGAGCACGAUCUGGUCACUCAACAACCUAGCGCCCGACGCGAGAUGCGCGCCGAGGCCCUGCGCCGGGCAGUCGAGGAAGGUAGCCUGCCCGCUGACGCGCUUCUGUCCGACGACGAAAGCGAUGCCGGUGUCGAUGCGGCACACGAUGACGAACGGAACCGUACCCAGUACAACUACACCAUGUUCCACAUCAUCUUCUUCCUCGCCACGGCUUGGGUUUCGACUCUCCUAACUCUCCAGUACGAUGAGGAGGAGAAUGGAGGAGGUGACUUUGCUACCGUCGGCCGGACGUAUGCGGCUAGUUGGGUCAAGAUUGUGAGCGCCUGGUUAUGUCAUGGUUUGUACAUCUGGACUUUGGUUGCGCCGGUUUUGCUGCCUGAUCGAUUUGACAUCUCUUGAGACAAGUCAACGUCGUGGCUGGAGCGUGCCGUGCGUGCCGCCGCGGCCGAUUAGUCUUGCUCAAGGUGGAAUGCUUCAGUUUCACGGCAUGGGCAUUUGGAUUUGUCUUUGUACAAUGGUUGUCUCCAUUCUUGUUCCAGCAUCAAACAUCCAAGGCGUUCUUUCCGUCUGAGGUAUGCCUUACGGGCCAUUCAGAGCCCCGUGGUAUCGCGGUCAACUCAGGCGCCUCGCAUCUCCGUAGGCACCGGUUUACCUAAUCAUGCACGCUUCUUCUUCCGAGUCUGGUCCGUGUCGUGUCCGGGGCCAUCCAUUUGGGCUUGACAGGUGCACGUCUUGUUCCUACUCUGGAAACGAUGUCUCGCGCGUCACCGCGUCCACAAAAGGAGGUUCGCGGUGCCCAGUGGUAGCGGUCCCCUGGGCGUUCCAUGCGCGCUGCUGAACUGGACCC